AUGCUGCCUGUCCGAGCAUUGCGAUCUUCGGCCCUCCGGGCGGUCACCCGCGCUCCCCUCGCCCGUGGUUAUGCCACCACCGUCGCCGAGGAUGCCGCCCCCAUCGACCCCUCCCUCUUCGACAAGAAGGUCGAGAUGUCCGUCGUCGAGAAGGGCAAGGGCUACUACAUCAACUACAAGCGCAUCGAGGACAACCUCAAGGUCGUUCGUGAGCGUCUCAACCGACCUCUGACUCUUGCUGAAAAGAUCGUCUACGGUCACUUGGACAACCCCCACGAGCAGGAGAUCGUCCGUGGUAACUCGUACCUCAAGCUCCGUCCCGACCGUGUCGCCUGCCAGGAUGCCACCGCCCAGAUGGCCCUCCUCCAAUUCAUGUCGGCCGGUCUCCCCACCGUCGCCGUCCCCGCCACCGUUCACUGUGACCACCUUAUCGAGGCCCAGGUUGGUGGCGAGAAGGACUUGGCCCGCGCUAUCGAGAUCAACAAGGAGGUCUACGACUUCCUUGCCACCGUCACCGCCAAGUACGGUCUCGGCUUCUGGAAGCCCGGCUCCGGUAUCAUCCACCAAAUCAUCCUCGAGAACUACGCCUUCCCCGGUGGUCUCAUGAUCGGUACCGACUCGCACACCCCCAACGCCGGUGGUCUCGGCAUGAUUGCCUGUGGUGUCGGUGGUGCCGACGCCGUCGACGUCAUCGCCGAUAUUCCUUGGGAGCUCAAGACCCCCAAGGUCAUCGGUGUCGAGCUCAAGGGCAAGCUGAACGGCUGGACAACCCCCAAGGACGUCAUUCUCAAGGUUGCUGGUGAGCUCACCGUCAAGGGUGGUACCGGUGCCAUCAUCGAGUACAAGGGUCCUGGUGUCGAGUCGCUCUCGUGCACGGGUAUGGCCACCAUCUGCAACAUGGGUGCCGAGAUCGGUGCCACCACCUCCGUCUUCCCCUACAACGAGCGCAUGGGCGACUACCUCCGCGCCACCAACCGUUCCGAGAUCGCCGACCUCGCCAAGGGCUUCCAGCGCAACCUCCUCCCCGACUCGGGCGCCGAGUACGACUCGCACAUCGAGAUCGACCUGGACAACCUCGAGCCCCACAUCAACGGCCCCUUCACCCCCGAUCUGGCCACCCCCCUCUCCAAGUUUGCCGAGGAGGUCAAGAAGAACGACUGGCCCGAGGAGCUCAAGGUCUCGCUCAUUGGUUCGUGCACCAACUCGUCGUACGAGGACAUGACCCGAUCCGCCUCCAUCGCCGACGAGGCUGCCGCCCACGGCCUCAAGGUCAAGGCGCAGUUCACCAUCACUCCUGGUUCCGAGCAGAUUCGCGCCACCAUCGAGCGUGACGGUGUCAUGGAGUCGCUCGAGAAGGCUGGCGGCAUGGUCCUUGCCAACGCCUGUGGUCCUUGCAUCGGUCAGUGGGACCGAAAGGACGUCAAGAAGGGCGAGAAGAACUCGAUCAUCACCUCGUACAACCGUAACUUUACUGGCCGCAACGACGCCAACCCUGCCACCCACGCUUUCGUCGCCUCGCCCGACCUCGUCACCGCCAUGGCCUUUGCCGGUCGCCUUACCUUCAACCCCUUGACCGACAGCCUCAAGGGUGCUGACGGCAAGGAGUUCAAGUUCUCCGCCCCCGCCGGUAAGGAGCUGCCUCCUCGCGGCUACGACCCUGGUAACAACACCUACCAGGCUCCCCCUGAGGACCGUUCGUCGGUUCAGGUCGCCAUUGACCCCAAGUCGGACCGUCUUCAGAAGCUCGAGCCCUUCAAGCCCUGGGACGGCAAGAACCCCACCGACUGCCCCGUCCUCAUCAAGGCCAAGGGCAAGUGCACCACCGACCACAUUUCCGCCGGUGGGCCUUGGCUCAAGUACCGUGGUCACCUGGAGAACAUCUCUAACAACUGCUACAUCGGCGCCAUCAACGCCGCCAACGACAAGGCGAACGAGGUUCUGAACAUCUUGACGGGAGAGUACGGCACUGUUCCGGCAACCGCACAGGCCUACCGAGAGGCAGGGCGCCCUUGGGUAGUUAUUGGCGACGAAAAUCUGGGCGAAGGAAGUUCUCGAGAGCACGCCGCUCUUGAGCCACGCUUCCUCGGUGGUUGCGCCGUCAUUGCGCGCUCGUUCGCUCGUAUUCACCAGACCAACCUGCGCAAGCAGGGUAUGCUCGCUCUCGAGUUUGCCGACCCUGCCGACUACGACAAGGUCCGCGAAGGUGACGUGGUCGACAUUCUCGGUAUCACUGAGCUCGCCCCCGGCUCCAAGGUGACGCUUGUCAUCAAGCACCAGGAUGGCACCAAGGACGAGGUCCCUCUCACCCACACCAUGAACGAGAACCAGAUCUCGUGGUUCAAGCACGGCUCCGCCCUCAACAGGAUGGCUGCCGCCGCCAAGUCUGCCUAA